AUGAUUGCAUUUACGCUCAUUCGGUGUGCGCGGCCUGCUGGCAGGUGUCUAGCUGCCGGGAACAGAGCAUGUGCGGCGCUGCCGGCCGCUCCCGUGACGGUACGGCUCUACAGCCAAGCCGCCACCCAGGACCACCCCCGCCUCGAGGAUAUCCGGAACAUUGGCAUCAUUGCACACGUCGACGCAGGCAAAACCACCACAACAGAGCGAAUGCUGUACUACAGCGGUGUCACUCAAAGAGUUGGAGACGUCGACUCCGGAAAUACUGUGACCGACUUCCUCGAACUGGAAAGGGAGCGCGGCAUUACCAUUCAGUCCGCCGCCAUCACCUUUCACUGGCCACGGGCACAAGAUUGUACUCCAGGAGUUCAGCCCAAGACCGUCAAUCUGAUUGACACCCCUGGCCAUCAGGACUUUAGGUUCGAGGUCGACAGGUGCCUCCCCAUCCUCGACGGUGCGGUUUGCAUCAUCGACUCUGUCAAAGGCGUCGAGGCGCACACUGAACGUGUCUGGGCGUCUGCUCACGAGUUCAUGAUUCCGCGCAUCGCUUACUGCAACAAGCUGGACCGUGAAGGCGCCUCAUUCAAAAAGUCUGUCCUGGAAAUCGGCACGCGACUCAAGGGCUGGCCGCUCGUCUGCCAGCUGCCGUGGUGGGAGAAGGAUGAAUUCGUGGGCGUCAUCGACGUGGUCAGCCGGGUGGGCUACCGCUGGAAGUCGGAAAGGCAAAAGAUCCGAUAUGCUCCGGAUGAGCUAUUAGACGCUCUCGCCACGUCAAACCCGACGCUCAUCAAGGAACUGAACUUGGCAAGACAGCGGUUAAUCGAGGGCCUGGCAGACGUCGACGAAGCCGUCAUGGACGAAUUUCUCGCGGAGAACACGGACAUGCCGGCACCGUUCCUGAAGCAAGCGAUCCGAAGAGCAAUUCAAAAUGGCGAUGGGAGGGUCAUCCCUGUGUUCGCAGGAUCCAGCUUUAGGCAUAUCGGCGUUGAGCCCUUGAUGGACGCUAUUACCGACUAUUUGCCAAACCCAUCCGAGAGGCCCGAUGUCGAAGUGCGGGUUGGUUCCGCAAAGCAUCACAUGGAGCAGUUGCUCAAAGCAAAGGACAAGAAAGGAGGGCGAGGUAACGUUGCUUCCGUCGCUGCCGUCUUCAAGGUCUCCAACCACCCCCAGGAGGGUGUCAUCAGCUUCGUGCGCGUAUAUCACGGCACUCUGAUGCGCAAUGCGGCCACUUUCAACACCAACCUGAUGACCCAGGAGCGACCUAUGGGCAUCCUGCAGAUCUCGGCAUCCAAGACGCACGAUAUCCCGGAGCUUGCUGUGGGCCAGAUUGGAGCGCUGCGAGGCCUGAAGCAUGCACGGACAGGAGACACACUGAUCACAACGACAAGCGGCAAGACGGUUGCCGAGGGCUUCCGCCACAUGCAGAUCCGACCGCCAGAGAUCCCCCCGCCUGUCGCGUUCCUGCAAGUCGAUCCCUACGGGAAUGUUGCCGCGCAACAGCUCCAGACAGCUCUGGAGAAUGCGUCUCGGGAGGACCCGAGCUUGCGGUGGGGUCGCAACCCCAAGACAGAGCAGUUCACGAUACAAGGCAUGGGCAAACUCCACCUGGACGUCUCUUUGUAUAACAUGCGGCAAAAGCACAAGAUUGAUGCCGAGUUUGGUCAGAUCGAGGUGGACUACAAGGAAUGCGUAACAGCUCCCACGCAACCGCACCAUGUAGUGUUCGAUCGGCCAAUUGCUAGCAAGCCCGGCAAGGUAGCCUGCACGGCAACGCUGGAACCCAUGGAAGGCCAUCACAUCAAAGACCUGCUGGAGUGGGGUGUCGAGAGAGACGGCAACAUCUUCCAGAUCAGCAUUCCUGCACCCGAGGGCGAAGACACUCUUCCGUUUGAUGUGGAAGAGGCGAGGCACCAGCUUUUGAACGGGGCCAUCGCAGGGCUCGCCAGGGGUCCCCGUCGGGCAUCUCCAAUGAAUAAUUGUCUCGUCAAGGUCGAGCUUGACAUGUCCGAGGGCGCGCUGGAAAGCCCUACGGGUGGUCACUUCAGUAGCGCUGCGAGGGCAGCCGUGCAGGCCGUCCUACGAGAUGCGUUCGACAAGCACCAGAUUGGCGUCCUCGAGCCCAUCAUGCUCGCGCACAUCACCUGUCCCGAGGCAGCAGCAGGCAGCGUGCAGCACGACAUUACGGCCGGCGCCGGUGGCCACAUACUAGAGGUCAUAAAUCGGACAGCCGAGUCGCCGUCUGCGUUGGGCGAAGUCGAGCUAGUCGAUGCGUCUAGGAUUUACGCACCUCCGGACCCCUACGAUUCGGUGACGUCGCUACGGGGCAAGAAAUCAACGACGCGGAUGGUGGAGAUCGUGGCCAAGGUGCCGUACAAGGAGAUGCUCGACUACGACGACCACUUGCGCAGCAAGACUGCCGGACGGCACUCAAUGACGAUGUCCUUUGACUCGUUUGCCAGAGUCGUCGGGCACCGAGAAAAGGGGCUUUGA